AUGGAAAGGGACUGUCUUAGGCACACCCAUACUAAAGACACCCACAAUCCCAACACUCGAGACAGAACCGGAGGGGACGCCUCAGCCUCUCUGCUGUUGAGAGCGAGCUCCGAUGCCAUACGACACGCAACGACGUCGUCCGAUUUCGUUUUGCAGUGGGGGAACCGCAAGCGCCUCAGGUGUAUGAAGAUCCAGGUCAAGGACAAGGGCAAAGACGACUCCGACGCCCCGGUUACCCGAACCACAGUCCGGGUCGACCGCCGGGUCGUCCGACCCGAUAAGGACCCAGCCAAUCAGCCCUCCACCGCCGGUAACUCUAAUCAGACGAAUGGGUAUUUGAAUCUCCGUCAACGGCCGUUAUCUCCGCAGCAGCCGCCACUUCAGCGUGUUCUCAGAAACUCAGAGACCACAACAAGUGCCAUGAGAGGCCAGAGCAACGGAGGCUUGAGGGGAAUUGUUUCACCCGACAACAGAGCGGGUGCGCACGAUAAGAAAGGCAACCACCACCACCACCACCACAAUAAUGAGAAUAACAACACCAAGUCUGCAGCCUCUUCGGACACGGCGCACGAUAGCAAGAAGGGGGGAGGUGGGUCUUCAUCGGGAAGCGGCGACGCAGCGUUGGUGCCACCGAUGGUCUGGCCGCCGAAGUUCGUGAUUGCUUUGACCAACAAAGAGAAAGAAGAGGACUUCAUGGCAAUCAAAGGGUCAAAAUUGCCUCAGAGACCCAAGAAGAGAGCGAAGUUCAUUCAACGCACCCUCAAUCUGGUAAGCCCAGGAGCAUGGCUCUGUGAUCUGACCCUGGAACGGUACGAGGUCAGAGAGAAGAAGAUUUCCAAGAAGAGACCAAGAGGGCUAAAGGCGAUGGGCAACGUGGAGUCUGACUCUGAAUAG